AUGUUCGAUAGAACGCCCAGCAAGCUACCCACAUUCAUCACCCAGUGUCGAACCUUUAUGAGUUACUACCCGACACAGUUCUACGAACAUGCCGAUAAGGUAAAGUAUGCAGCCGGACGCCUCAAGGGCACCGCUGCACAAUGGUUCCAACCCGUUAUAGAGGAAUGGACCAACAAGGCAAACAUUAAAGACUUGGAACCAAGAGCUUACAUGCUCUUUACCAACUACCAAGCCUUUGAGAAAGCAUUGCAACAAGCCUUCGGAACCAUCAACGAAAAAGGACAUGCCGAACGAAAAAUCAAGGCAAUCCGACAGACUAGGUCAGCAUCGGAGCUGGGAGCAGAGUUUCUACAGCUCGUAUCUAAGCUACCAUGGGACCAAGAUGUCUUAAUGUCGCUAUUCUUUAAUGCACUUAAGGAACCAGUACAAGCGGAACUGUAUAAGGAAGAUCGCCCAGGAACCUUAGUAGAAUACAUUAACAUGGCAGUCAGAAUCGAUAACUACCAGUUCACCUGGCGAACUCGCAACUCCCGCUACAAUAAGCCACGACAAGACACUCGACCUAGGUACGAUGCGAACCAAGGACGUCGACGAGAUAACAACACGUCCUAUAGGACAGCACCAGGACCAAUAGUCAUCGCAACAGUUAAACGAGACAAAUCCAAGAUCACCUGCUGGAACUGCGGCAAGAAAGGACAUUUCGACGCAGAAUGUAAGAACCCCGUCAAAACUAACCAAAAAUACAAGCCAAAAGACGGAUUACUACGACUCGUUGUGGAUUUUCGAAGAUUGAACGAACUUACCAUCAAGGACAGAACCCCACUUCCGCUUAUCACGGAACUCAAGGAUCGCCUACAAGGAAAACAGAUCUUCACAGCUCUUGACCUUAAGGGAGCCUACAAUCUAAUCCGCAUUAAGGAAGGAGACGAAUGGAAAACGGCUUUCAGAACUAAAUUCGGACUUUUUGAAUACUUGGUUAUGCCUUUUGGACUCACUAAUGCACCGGCAACCUUUCAACGAAUGAUCAACAAUGUCCUACGACAGUACCUCGACGUCUUCGUGGUUUGCUACCUGGACGACAUCCUUAUCUUCUCCGACACGGAAGAAGAACAUUCGGAAUACGUCCAUAAGGUACUCAAGGCAUUGCAAGACGCUAAUUUACUGGUCGAACCCAAGAAAAGUCACUUUCAUACGAAAGAAGUAGACUAUCUCGGACACACUAUCUCACCAGGUAAAAUCCGAAUGGAUCGAAAGAAAAUAUCGGCAGUACGGGAUUGGCCACAACCAUCAACAGUUAAAGAAGUACAGAGCUUCUUAGGUUUCGCCAACUACUACCGACGAUUCAUCAAAGACUUUAGCAAAAUCGCGAACCCACUUACCGAACUAACCAAAAAAGACAGAAAGUUUACAUUCGGAAGUCAAGCAAAGAAAGCUUUUAUAAAGCUCCAAGACGCGAUUCUCAGCGAACCAGUACUCAUCAUGUUUGAUCCAACCAAGGAAAUCGAGCUCGAGACAGACUCAUCGGAUUUCGCUUUGGGAGGACAGAUUGGUCAACGCGACGAACAAGGAAAGCUACACCCGAUAGCCUUUUACUCGCAUAAACUACAUGGAGCAGAACUCAAUUACCCCAUCUAUGACAAAGAAUUCUUAGCCAUCGUCAACUGUUUUAAGGAGUUCAGACACUACCUCAUGGGAAGCCUCCACCAAGUUAAAGUUUACACCGACUAUCAAAACAUUUCACACUUCGCUACCACUCAAGAACUGAACCGACGAUAA